AUGCUCAGCUUCUUCUGGCUGAGGUAUCUCUUAAAAGCGGUCAAGGAGAGUAUUGUAGUCCCUGAAGAGAUCUUGAGGUUCUGUUGCGAUGGCCUCCAGGGCUCAGCUUCUCUGUCGUGCGCCCGGGAGCCAGGGGAGGAGACAUCGGGGGCCAUGGCGAGCCCCUCGCCCACCCGCAACCCCACCGAGGUGCAGAUGAGCCAGAUGGUCCUGCCCUGUCACACCAAUCACCGCGGUGAGCUCAGCACCGGCCAGCUGCUCAAGUGGAUCGACACGGCCGCCUGCCUCUCCGCCGAGAGGCACGCCGGCUGCCCCUGCGUCACUGCGUCCAUGGAUGAUAUCUACUUUGAGCACACCAUUAGCGUUGGGCAAGUCGUCAACAUCAAAGCCAAAGUGAACCGAGCCUUCAACUCCAGCAUGGAGGUGGGCAUCCAGGUGAGCUACGAGGACCUGUGCAGUGGGAAGCACUGCAGCAUCUGCAAGGCUUAUGCUACCUUUGUGGCACAUCAUCCCUCUGGUGGCAAGGUGAGGCUGCAGCCUCUGACCCCGCAGACGGAGGAGGAAAAGAUAGAGCACAGUAUCGCUGCCGAGCGGCGCCGCAUGCGCCUGGCACACAAGGACACCCUCAAGGACCUCCUCAUCCGCAGCCUGCGUGAAAGCGAGCUGGAGACACGGGAUGGCAGUGCGGCGGUGCCAGCGGAGAAGACCCGGGUGGAGAGCGUGGAGCUGGUGCUGCCCCCACAUGCCAACCAUCAGGGAAACACCUUUGGUGGGCAGAUCAUGGCCUGGAUGGAGAACGUGGCCACCAUUGCAGCCAGCCGUCUAUGCCAUGCCUAUCCCACGCUGCAAACCAUUGAGAUGUUCCACUUUCGGGGACCAUCACAAGUCGGGGACCGCCUGGUGCUCAAAGCCAUUGUCAACAACUCCUUCAAAAACAGCAUGGAGGUGGGGGUCUGUGCUGAGGCGUAUGGCCAGGAGAUGUCCACCAGCCCGAGGCACAUCAACAGUGCAUUCAUGACCUUCGUGGUGCUGGACCAGGAGGGACGGCCCUGUUCCCUGCCCAUGGUGGCACCUGAGCCAGGGGAGGGAGAGAGAAGGUACAGAGAAGCCAGUGCUAGAAAAAAAAUUCGGCUGGACCGAAAAUAUGUCGUCUCCUGCAAACAGACCGAGGUGCCACUCUCCGUGCCCUGGGACCAAAGCAACAAGGUUUAUCUGAGCUACAACAACGUCUCUGCACUGAAGACGCUCAUAGCCAAAGCAAACUGGGCACUGGCCAGAGAAAAGGAGAAGGUGCGGCUGUACACGCUGGAGGAGGACAAGUUCCUGUCCUUCCGCAUCGAGAUCUCUGUCAGCGUGGCCGCCGACCAGGCCUUCUCCCUGCUCUCUGACCUGCGGCGCCGGCACGAGUGGGACAGCCACUACGCGAGCGCUGAGCUUGUGCAGCAGGUGGAUGAUGACGACAUGAUCUACCACGUGGUGACCCAGACGCUCAGCCAUGAGGACAAGCCGCAGGACUUCGUCAUCCUGGCAUCCCGGCGGAAACCCUGCAGCAGGGGGGACCCCUUUAUGGUGGCCUUUCGCUCAGUGACGCUGCCCACCCACCCUGCCAGCUCCAGCUUCACGCGCGGGGAGACUCUCUGCUCCGGCUUCUGCAUCUGGCCAGAGUCAGAGGAGAUAAGCAAGGUAGCUUACUACAACCAGGCUACACCAGGAUUCCUUAACUACGUCACCACCAACGUGGCAGGGCUGUCCUCCAACUUCUGUGCCACCUUCGAGGCCUGCGAGAGGUUCCUGCUGAAGAACAAUGAGCACCUGAUCGUGCGGUUGUAGGACCCCUAGAGCCAUGGCAGCCCUGCUGGCAGACAGAGAGGCAGAGGAGGGGACACCUCCCUGGUGGAAGAGAACAUGGGAUGGGGGAUUCAGACUCUAUCUCCCCGGGGGUUUGGCCUGGGAGAGGUCCCAAA